AUGGCGGCAGCAAAAUGGCUCCAGGCUAUGGAGAAGAUCUUCAGGGUGAUGAGAUGCCCUGAUGCAAUGAAGUUGGUAUACUCCGUGUAUAUGCUGGAAGAGGAAGCUGAGGAUUGGGAGGCUAGGGAACAUGAGCAGAAUGAGUACAAUGAUUUGAAACAAGGAUCAAUGUCGAUUGAUCAAUACUUUGCCAAAUUCAACGAAUUGGUGAAAUUUGUGAAUCAGUGCCGAAAGGUAGAAGAAGUAUACAAGGGGUCCCAGACCAAGAAGCCCUCUGAGGCCCAAGCACCUAAUGCCAAUAAAGCAACUAGCUCAGGUUAUUGGAAGAACAAGAAGAUGAAAGGUAAAAAACUGAGUGUGAAUAAUCCAUUCGAUUUAUUCAUAAAGCCCGGAACUCAAAAGAAUUUUUUUGAUAGAGGACCUCUUCCCAAGUGUAAAGGAUGUGGAAAAGAGCAUAGAGGUACGUGUGCUACGGGUGAAGUUAUUUGCUAUAAGUGUGGAAAGUCUGGCCACUACUCCAGGCAGUGUCCUCAGCAUGAAGUGAGGACUAUGGCAGUUCAAGCUACUGUUGUUCCUGUCUCAGUUGUUCCACUUAUGAUGGAGUCACAGACGGUUGGUAGAGUAUACACCAUGGACCGUCAACAAUCCGAAAAGGCUCCAAACCUUGUGAAAGGUGUGUACUUUACAAGUUAUAGCUUGAAAUCGAAGUUGACUGGUUGUAGAACCUGUUGGUGGAGAACAAAGGUUGAACUGAAGCUUUGA